CAAAAGAACCGAUCAGAAAGAGUCGGUUCAGGAGAACGCUUGUCCGUCGUUAAUCAGCGGGAGCAGCAGCAGCGGUGUCGAGAGCAGCGAUGUCUGGCCGCUCAGUCCGCGCGGAGACCCGGAGCCGAGCGAAAGAUGAUAUCAAGCGGGUCAUGGCCGCCAUUGAGAAAGUACGAAAAUGGGAGAAGAAGUGGGUGACUGUUGGAGACACUUCAUUACGUAUUUUUAAAUGGGUACCGGUGACUGAACCCAGGACAGAUGAUAAAAAUAAAAAGAAGAAAGGCAGAGAUGAGAAGUACGGCUCAGAGGUCACCACUCCAGAGAACAGCUCCUCCCCAGGGAUGACUGAUAUAAACGAUGAGAACAGCAAUCAGAGCUCCAUUGCCGACAUUUCCCCAGUGAAGCCGGAAAACAGCUGUAGCACAAGUCCAGCACCAGAGGCCACUGCAGCGUCUCAGAGCAACGGGAGUGAAAAUAAAAGCAGCUCUACUUCCUCAGAGACCUCAGCACCAGAGAAGGAGGCUUCAUCAGAAACCUCCCAAGCUACUCAGGAACAGGAAGAGGAGGCUCCUCCGAGUAAGAAAAGCAGACACGAGUCUUCCUCUCAGGACUGUGGAGAAAGCUGAAGCUCUGUCAUCCAUCAGGGUGAAGAGGAGUGCUCCUUUAUUUCAGCCCUCUUAUCAAAAUGUUCACACUCCGCGUUGCCAAGGAAAGCUUUUUCACCCUCUCCUCCAUCCUCCUGCUUGUCCAGUUGUAGGGAAGGAUGGUGCCACCAUCACUGUGCCUGAGAAAGGUCUAAUGAAGAGCACUGACCUCCAGCAGUGGAACGCUGUUCUCUGUGAUCUUCACCCUUCCUGACUCGAAAACCUCUAAACCCCAAUCUCUCUCUCAUAUAUAAAGCGUUACGUUUUGAUAAGAAGCGUUGGUGCACUGAUUGGUUGUACGGUACGGUUUUGCUGCUGUAGUCGUAUUUGUUUUAGGAACCCUUAGAACUCUUUUGGUUUGGAUUUGGGUUUAAUAAAAUGCUUGACUACAUUGUGAAAUAAUAAAGGAUAGGGAUGCACUGUAAUUGAAGAUAUGUGUUGGCCUGCUGCCACCGCUGCUGAAAAAAGUCCUAAUGUUAGAGGAAUCACUACAAGAGUCUUUGUUCAGUAUAAAUUAUUCAGUCCUUUCGCUUAUUCGGCCAAACACCAAAAGUGCUUUUUUGCCAUUUUCAGAUAAUUUAAUUCGCCAAAUAUUCGGUGCAUCCCUAACAAGCAAGGAUGUUUAGUAUCUAGCAGAAAAUCUUAGCACAUUCCUACUGGGUGGUGUUCUUGUGUAUCAUGAAGGUUGAUUUUAUUUUGUGUAUUUUAUUUUUUGUAACUCUCCUGAACUAUUGUUUUAAGUAUCAUUUUAAACAGUGACUGUAGAAAACAUGGAUGCUGUUGUUCCAUUUGUAUCCGUUAAUGACAGCGUGAACGAGCAGGUCAGUUUCCGUUUAGGUAGCUGCACUGUUAAAAUAGCAAUCUGCCGAAGUCAAAGUGCAUCUGGCUCUUAAAGAGAAUGAUGAGCAAGUGACACACUGAUUGGUUUAUUUUACCUUAUGCCCAAAACACACCCAUGAUUUGCACGCUGCGCAAGGUGUACUUUUCCCGUCAUUAUGAUAGCAAUGAUAUGAUUUAAAGAUUGUCCAGUAAUUGUAAUGCCCAACAGUAAAAGUGAAGUUCAUGAAUUUUAUUACCAAAUCUAAUAUUUAUUUUUCCAUCAAAUUACAAUUUCAGAGCUCAGCUCUGUGUAUUCUGUUUAUCACAGAGACAAACCAUUAAAAGAAGAAAUAAUAAAGUUUUAAACACUAUUUGGACUCAGUUCAGACCAGAAAAUACUGUAAAUGUGACGAGAGCGCUGAUUGAGGCCAAGUACAAUUACUACUGAGUCCUGUUUACCAAGUCUGGUUGCUAAUUGGCUUACAGCUAAAAGAGUAAAAUUAAAAAUGUACUGCAACCAGCCAGCAGAGGCGCUAGACCUGUGGUGGCUUCACAUUUGAGAGACGCUGUGCUGCACACUGUGCUAUAACGCUGUGCUACAACGCUGUGCUGUACGCUGUGCUUUGUUUUCUACAGUCACUGUUUUUUACAGUUCACUGACACUACAUAUAUACGUUAUGGCUGUAGCACCGGGUACUGUGGUGGAACUGAUGCGUAGGAACAGCCCCCAGUGUGAAGUUCUAGAUUAUAAUGCAUGUAAAUUAUUAUUACUACAUGUACUGUAGGGUUGUUGAGGGGGUUUUAGUAGAAAUAUAUGUUACAAGACUGUAAAAAUAAGCCUCUAAAUAUACCUCAUAGCCAGCACUGCUGGAGUUUUGAUAAUAGUGAUGGAACCCGGAUUCAUUUUAUUCAUAUUACCCUCAUAAUUUGACAGGAAGUGAAUUGAGUGGAAUACAUUGGCAUUUGCCAGUUCACCAGGCAUAGCUGCCAAUACACACAACUUAACACACAAACAAAAACAGCCAGAUACAUUUGGGUACAAUUUUAGUGAAUUUUUGAUUGUUUUAUCCUGUUUGCAUUUUAUUUAUUUCACCAUUAGUGCUGUUUUAAUCAUGCUCAAAUGUUUUAAUAAAGAUGUUAAAUCAGA